ACUCAUAGUUGCAUUUGGCAACGUUGCUCUUCUUUCCUGUGUGCGUCAGUUAUUUGAAAGCCAAAAUGACUUUAGUAUGUUGAGAGAAUUUGUUGUCAUAAUUUGAGUUUCACUACGGAAACGAACGGUAAACCUAUUUAUUCCAAAAAUAGAAAGUUAAAAACCUAAUCAUUCUAAUUCUGAGUGUUAUUAAACUACCAUGGCUCCAGUUGAUGUAGAUGCUGCUCCUAUUGAAGCUCAAAUAAGGAAUUUAAUGCUUUCUGGUCAUGUUGGCUUUGACUCCCUACCUGACCAAUUGGUUUCAAAGAGUGUCCAGAAUGGUUUUAUUUUCAAUAUUAUGUGUAUUGGAGAAACCGGUUUGGGCAAAUCGACUUUGAUGAAUUCUCUUUUUAAUACAAAUUUUGAAUCGUCUCCAAGCCCACACUCUCUACCUACUGUCAAACUGAAAGCUCACACAUAUGAACUACAAGAAAGUAAUGUAAGACUCAAGUUAACUAUAGUGGAUACUGUUGGUUAUGGGGAUCAAAUUAAUAAAGAAAACAGUUUUAAAGCUAUAGUAGAUUAUAUAGAUGCGCAGUUUGAAAAUUAUUUGCAAGAAGAAUUGAAAAUAAAGAGGUCUCUUUCUACUUUCCAUGAUACCCGCAUUCAUGCAUGUUUGUAUUUCAUCUGUCCCACAGGACAUGGAUUGAAAUCGAUUGAUUUGGUUUGUAUGAAGCAGCUAGAUCAAAAAGUAAAUGUAAUACCAAUAAUCGCAAAAGCUGACACAAUUUCCAAAACUGAGUUGCAAAAAUUCAAAUCGAAAAUAAUCGCUGAGUUACAAAAUAAUGGUGUCUCCAUCUAUGAAUUUCCAGUCGAUGAUGAAUCUGUUUCAGAUAUUAACUCUACCAUGAACUCACAUAUACCGUUUGCUGUAAUUGGUAGUACUGAUUUGAUCAAAGUAGGAAAUAAGAUGGUUCGAGCACGACAGUAUCCAUGGGGUACUGUACAAGUUGAAAAUGAAUCUCAUUGUGAUUUCGUAAAACUUCGGGAAAUGCUGAUCCGUACUAAUAUGGAAGAUAUGCGGGAAAAAACUCACUGCAGGCACUAUGAAUUGUACAGAAAAAAGCGUUUGGAACAAAUGGGCCUUAGUGAUGUAGAUGAAGAUAACAAACCUGUCAGUUUUCAACAAACUUUCGAAGCUAAAAGGUCUACACAUUUACAAGAACUGCAGCAGAAAGAGGAUGAAAUGAGACAAAUGUUUGUAGUAAGGGUCAAAGAAAAAGAGGCUGAAUUAAAGGAUGCUGAGAAAGAUCUCCACGCUAAAUUUGACAAACUUAAAAAAGAUCAUACUGAAGAAAAGAAAAAAAUUGAAGAUUCUCGCAAGAAAUUAGAAGAUGAAAUUGUGGAAUUCAACAGACGAAAAUCUCAGUAUCAACAAAUGGGACAAAGUCAUCACACACUCACGCUAGGCAAAAGUAAGAAAAAAUAAGAUAACAAUGCUGUAUGUUUUUGUACUUUUAUACAGAUUUUAGAUGUAAUAUUUGGAUCUGUUCUUGGAAUAUGUUUUCUCUAUAUCUAUUAAUAAUUAGCACAAACAUAUAUAUAUUAAAAAGAAUGUUUAUCAUAAAUAAAAUUCCUAGAGCAGUUCUGCAAAUUUUUAUUCAGCUUUUUGUGAUCACAUUUGCGAAUGAUGUAAGUUUAGAAUCAUCUCGUACUAAAAAUUAUUUUGUGAAUUUAUAAAAAUAACUAAAACAUAGAUUAAUUAGAGUAAUAUAAGAUGCUUCCAUUUAAUUAAAUAUGAAUAAGUAUCUUUAUACAUCAAAAACUAAUCAGAAUGAUCAGUUUAGAUACAAUGAAAUUGUUCGUUUUGUCUAAUAGAAAAUAAUACAUGAAAUUAAAUUUUUUAUUUUAUAAGUUCUUGAUAUGAAAUAAUGUCAGGAAAUAAAAUAUUUAAUUAAAAGUGAAAAAAUAAUAUCUAAAUAUUUAAUUGAAAUUUGGAAAAAUAUGAGAAUAAAGCGAAUAAACGUUUUAUAGGUUAAGUUCUUACAUUAUUAAAUAUUCACGUUAAAAUUGAAAACUUAAUAAACUUAAUUACUGUAAAAUAUUUAAUUAAUUUGAAUUUGAAUCUUACUUACAUUGAAAUGAUCCUGGCAACAAAAAUAACUACAUCACCAGGAUCGACAAAACUACAAACACUUUUAAAUAAUUUUUCUUGUAGUAUAUUCGAAUUUCUUGGCAUCAUAAAGAAAACUUUACCAAUUCUUUUAGUUGAGGUAUGUUUAUGUCCUGACACAAAAUACAAUUCAUAUAUCAUUCUUUAGAUUAAUCAAAGUUUAAUGAUAAUAAUUUUAGAAUAACCGAAAGAGUAACUUUCGUAUUUACUUUGUAUCGUAUGUUUAGUAUUUAUUUUAUACCUAUGACGUCACGCAAUAUGGCGGCUUUACUGAAAUGCUUAAACUACCUACAAAUGUUUUGAAUUUUUUUUCUAUAAAUAUUGAUCAAAGAAUUAAAAAUAAUUAUAAUUAAAUUUGUAUAUAAACUAUCCAAAACCAUUUUUUUCUCAAACGAAGUAAAAAUAAAUUAUUAGUAUACUUUUAUAUGAUUAAGUUAUGGAAUUUGAUGAAAAAUCGAUUAAAGCAACUUACAUCAUUUGACAAAACAGCGCACAAAAAUAUAAUAUUGAAAAAUAUUUGCCUCACGCAUUUUUGCAACGUACUUAACAAAACUUUUCAACUUAGUGUAUGUGACACCCAUUUUAAACAUAUUUUUCACAAAUUUUUGUUGCAAAUUUCAAUAACACAAUAAUUUUCAAUUUCAUUUAUAUAACAUUGUAAUCAGUGGAGGAUCUAGUAUUCUUUUAGGGGGGAGCUGAAUGAAAAGUAUAUGUAACUACAUUAUACGUAGUAUUAAAGCGUUAAUGGAUACCAUACAAUUGAAGACGUAGUAAUGAAAUUAGGCCAUUCUUGCUUAUGAAUAUAAUUUACGAGUUUCAUACGUAUUAUAUUUGUAUAAAUGUUACAUUCUUGCAUUCUUAGACUGUUUAAGGGUGGCUUCAACCCGAAAGCUCCCGGUAGAUCCGCCACUGAUUGUAAUAAAUGUUGUUUGCUUCAUUUGUUUUAUGAUUUUUAACGAACUUUAUGUACUAAAACCAGAUUUUCUAAUUUUCUUAUACAAACUGUGCUCAUUUCUCCAACCAAUAUGUUUUCUGGAGUAACCACAUCAAUUGGACGACCAGAACGUUCACCAUUACUACUACUACGUUUAAAUUCAGUAAACCAAUAACAAAUGUUUCAUUUCAAUUGAGUAGAUUCCGGAUAACACUUUUGAAGCCAUUGCUGAGCUUUUACAAUAUUUUUUUUCAUUAACAAGCAAUGAUAAAUGAACACAAGAAAUUGUUUUGAAUUUAUUGUUUUGAAAAUAACAAAAAUAGCUCCUCUUAAAUGGCUGUCACUUCUUUCUAACUGAUCAAAAUGUCAUGAAAUUUCACACAUAUUCUUCUGAUUUAUUCGCUUCAUUUUUUGUUCUUUAUCAACAUAGUUUCUUUAAUCACUAUCUUUUUUUUAAUAUUCCCUCCAGAUAUUCAAUUAUUUAUUUUAAUCCAUAGGAAGUCCACAUUUAUUUAAUUAAUUUCAUGGUUAUAUGGCUUUGUAACACAAUAAUUACUUCACUAUUAAUUCUUAAAGACAUAAAACAAUUUUUUCCAUGAUUGUAAUAAUUUGUUAAAUUGUUAAGAAUAAAUUUAUAGAUAGGGUAUAUAGUAGAGUAUAUAUACCUGUAUUUUCUAUCUUGCGCAUAUUUAUACCAUAGUUUUACCACAAUGUAAUCAACAAUAGCAUGUUUAUAUUAUAAUAUUUAUUUACUUAUUAUGUCAGUUUUUCAAAAUUAAAUGAUAAACAAGCUUGUUUUUUUUUGGUUAUUUCAGUAUAAGUAAAUUAAUUUUGAGUUUACAAAAUGGUAGUGGCAUAAUUUGCUUGUCCCAAAUAAGGAGACUUUUAGGAAUCACAUAUAUACUAGUAGAUAUCUUUCUACCAGUUUUAUAACUUUUAAAAAUUAGUGCUGUCUUCAGUAUCAGAUGGGGCAACUUUUUGUUUAUUACAUAUAAAUGUGAAUCUUUUCAUUUCAAUUAAUAUUACAUAAUGAAAAAUUCUUUUGAUAUGAACAUGGAGCACAAAAUAGGAUUUUUUUGCAAUAGCAUUAAAGGAUUGAGGUCUUAACAUUUUUUUCUACGGCAUUAAUACUGUCUCUUUAUUUUCUAGGACUACAUAAUAAAUUUUUAUGAAGAUGCCAUUUAUAUGGAAUAAAUAGAAAAGUUACCAUUGUUGUACCGUGUACGUCCAUUAUAUUAUCAUUUAAUGUAUAAUUUUAAAUGUUUCAUUAUAACUUAAAAAAUAUAUGUGUAAGUACCAAAGUAAAUUAGUAUUUAAGGUAAUUCAUAGCUACAAGUAAUAUUUAUUAAUAUUGUGUUUGUAUGUAAUUAGAGUUAUAUCAUUUUAAACCCCAUUUCUGUUUUAACGUAAUAUAUAUUUCAAUGAUAUUACAGUUUUUUUA